UAAAGGGACAAAAACGACAACUUCCGUCUGGUUGUUGACAACGAGAAUCACACUUUAAAGUUUAUUUUACCUAACGACCAUGGUCUUCUAUUUCGUCAGCAAUACGGUGUCGCCAGCCUAUACAAUGUACAUGGGACUGGACAAGCAUGAAAAUGAGGAUUUGAUCCAGUGGGGAUGGAAGGAGGAUGUAUGGUUCCAUGUAGACAAGGUGUCCUCAGCUCACGUCUAUCUCCGGCUCCAUGCAGGAGAAACGUUGGACGAUGUUCCUCAGGUUGUGGUGGAUGAGUGUGCCCAGCUGGUGAAGGCCAACAGUAUUCAAGGCAACAAGAUGAACAACAUUGAUGUUGUGUACACAAUGUGGGACAACCUGAAGAAGACAGCAGGGAUGGAUGUAGGUCAGGUGGGCUUCCACAGACAGAAGGAGGUGAGGAAAGUUAGAAUAGAGAAGAGGAUCAAUGAAAUAGUGAACAGGUUGAACAAGACAAAGGAGGAGCGAUUCCCUGAUUUGAGACUGGAGCGAGAAAACCAGGAUAAGGUGGAGCGGGAAGACAAGAGACGGAAGGAACAGGAGAUCAAGCAGCGAGAUAAGGAGGAUGAGAAACGGCGGAAGGAACAGGCGGAGUUGCGUUCCUACAACACGCUCAUGAAGCCUGAAAACAUGAAGUCUAAUGUGGAUGAUGGCAACGACUCAGAUGACUUCAUGUGACUGGAAGACAUGAAGAUGAAGGACACCCAUGACGUUCUGGACGGAUCAAUUCAACAACAUCAAGGUGAUCCGCCAACAUGCUCAUGGGUCAGGGAAGGCCAACAGUUCUGCCACAUGCCAACCAUGAUCCAAUCACCUUGUGUUCUCCUACCUUGGGAUGAGGUUUCGACCAAUCACGCCCAGGGUUACACAUGGAUCAAAGCAUGGAACCAGUUGGCCAGAUGGGGAGACGAUUUGAUCGAGUGCUAGUGAGAUUUGACAUCCUUAUAGGUGAGAAAUCACCUGGUGGACAUUCAUUCAACUGUGAUCUCUAUAUGGACCAGGCCUACAUGUGAUUAGGAGAUCAAGUGUGUUUGAGUUGUAUGUGUUACCUGCUCAUGUUAAUUGACUUCAGUGAUAAAGGAGUCAGUAUCUGACAUCAGAUAUCUAUGUGUGAUAUACCCUGCUUUGUGCCUUGAGGGGGAAAUGCCAGCAUUCGAUGUCACGCUAGUAAUGUCAAGCCACAGUGACUGUUGUCCUCUACUGCCCAAGUCUCAAGGCUACAGCAUGCAUCUCUUGGAACACAUUGAUUCAUCUUCUCACUGUCAAACAAUCCCAUCCACACAGGUUGAUUAUAAAGAGUUGGUUUACAGAUUAUUUCUUCUCAAGCCUUCCUGCUACUCCAACUGAAAAAACUAAAUAAAGCCGUGCAUGUUUUUGUAACUGCUAACCUUAAAAAUUGAAAUUCAGAAAAAAUAUAAAACCAGAAUAACAAGGGUUGUUUCGGCCAAUGGUAAAGACUGCUUAGACAAUAAAAUGACGCUGAAAUGCGGCUGUCAGACUUUUUAUUUAUUAUAUUUAUAAGGACCCAAACUAGGCUAGGAUUUUCCAUCUUUUUAAAAAAAAAUUUUUAUCACCUACGGUACGUAUCCAAUCAAACUUUAAGAUGAUAACAAGAAUACUGUACAAUUCAUUCUGUUUUACUGACCAAGGCACAAAGUAAUUUUAGCGCUAAGACAAUUGUAAGCCUAUGUUCAAGUAUGGGAGUUACGGUCAUCUUAGCGUUAAGAUCGCUUUGUGCAAGUGGGUCCAAAUCUUUUGCGUAAAAAUCCGUAAAUGCCCACCAAAAAAAGAGAAAAUCUGGCCUAAGAAAAGAACCACUUUUCCUUUCUAUCAUUUCUUGAAGACUUUUUAAGUUAGGGAAGUGCAAAAUAAUAUUAGAAUACAGUAGAAUCUCAGUAAGGAGAAACCAGAUGUAUAAAAACUUUUAAAACGGAUAUGUUGAUACUGUUUUGAUGAUCCCUGCUACAUUUUUUGGGGUUUCUACCAAAUAACUAGAAAUACAAAAGUAGAACAUUUCCAUGGUCUAAGACUCUCUUUCACACCUACUAUUCGAUUCCCAACAUGGGUACAAUGUGUGAAGCCCAUUUCUGGAGUCCCCGCCAUGAUAUUGCUGGAAUAUUGCUAAAAGCGGCGUAAAACCAUACUCACUCACACCUACAAACUUAUCAUGUAACUAGAAAGGAUACUAUUUGGUGAACACUGAAGUGGUGUAUGACAGCUCAGAGCAUCUGAUCAGAUUUGAUACAUUCAUGAGACAAUACCUCACUGACACUGGUUGGUAUUUGCUAUCUUUACUAUCUUUUACUUUCGGUGAAAAAACUCAUUGAUGAAAUGUCCCCGGAGUUCCCAGUUACUUCCCUUUGUUUAUAUGGUGAAGUGAUGUAAACAUGGCAAACGUAAAUACAUUUACUAGCAUGGAUAAACGACUGAUAUUAUUGUAAAAUAAAUUCAGUUAUUUUCAGUGAAAUUUGUGGUAACUGAAUCUGUAAGCCAACUCUCCACACUUUAUUUCACGACAGUGUCAAAUGUCAGAAUUUUUUAAUCAAAUAAAAAUGAUCCGAUUGUAUAACCAUGAUAACAAUGGUUUGUUAUGUGAUUUUGGUGUAUUUCAUACUCUUUAUUGUGAGCUUUCUGAGAGAAUGUACACUUUCCACUGGGGAUGUUGAUCAUAUUGAUCAAAGUAAAACCCUUUUAAGAAAUUUGUUUGAAUGGGAUUUGUAAAAAUUCAAACAUUUAAUUACUCAUAUUUUGGUAUGUGAAUAAGAUUUUUUCAAUUUGCUUCUUUGUUUUUAUCUUACUGUACCACGACAUGAUAGAAGUAUAUUUUCAGGACAAGAGAGCCCAGUUUGGUAUUAAAUCAAAAUGUAUAGAAGUAUCUCAAACACAUUCCACUUGAUCAUUGAUUGUGUAUUGGUAAGAGACAUCAGCCCGAAGGUCCGAGGUCGACAGAUUUGCUCUCGGGCUGAUUGUUUUAAAUUUCAGCAGGCACUUAUGGCCUGUAGUUUAUUUUAAUAAUGAUUUGUUAAGCAUUAUUUAAGUAAUGUGAUAAGCCUAACUUUCAUAUUUAGAAACAGUAGGAUUAGACCUUUCAAAUGGUGUAUGAUAUGUAGUCGCAAAGAUGUUUUACAUGCUGAUACUUUCCUGAUAAAUGUAGGCUUCAUGUCUCAUCACUGAGUCUCUGGGAACUCGACGUGAUAGCAGUAAAAGCUUCUGGUUGA